UUCCAGUGUUUCUACAUGGCACAGAUGACUAAUGGAGAGACAUUAUAAUUUUACUUGGUGCAGUAUUGAUCUUUCAACAAUCAAAUCUUUCUUGUCACAAAGGAUUCAAUUACAUCUCCCAAUGUUUAUGUCUCAAAUUCAUAAUUCUGGAUUUUUUUAAUUUCUGGAUAUUUGCUGAUUAAAGGGAAUUCCCACUAAACCACAGGUUAGAAAUUUUUAUUUAAAUGUAUCAAUUGACUGUCUAUAUUGAUCAAGUGUUUUCCUUUUUUAUACUAUAGUGAGAUUCCCAUGACCUGGUAAUAACAAUAGACUGUGUUUUAUUUGAUGAUCUUCUUAGUGUAGCCAGAUGAAGAAGAUCAGCUGGUCAGAUUAUAACACAAGGAAUGUAAACUAAGUACUUAUGUAUACACACACGGAUUACUAAUUACCUUGUUUUUCCUUUCAAACUUUUAUAAUUGAUCUAUGUACAAAGAGUACCUGCAGGGUAAUUGCACUUAUAUACACAUAUACACAAGGAUGUACAACACUAGGAUAGAAUUGGUGUGUAACAGUUCACAAUGAAUUUGCACCUCUGGAUUUAUUUAUUUCCUGCUCAAUAGAAAAUGAAGUUGUAUUCAUUUUUAGGACGUUUGUAUUUUUUAAUAUUAAUUUAUAUACCAUCGACAACAUGGUCAUUUCCAUAUGAAAAGAGAUCAUAUUCCCAUGUGGAUACCAUAUUCAACAAAAGAAAGCACAUCAAAGAAGAUACAUAUGUAAAUAAUAAGUUAAAACUGCAAUUUAAUAUCAAGGAUCCUGCCAGAAAUGUUAUAUUUAAACCAACAGAUGUACAUAAUGUACAACUGCCUCAGGAAGUUAAGUACGUUACAACCGGUACACACAAAUAUUCAGGAAAUGUUAGAGAAUAUAAAAAUAGUGAUAGUGAAGAUGUGAGUCUUGCGGAGGCACUGACUCAGGAAUCAGAGGAGAAUAAGUCAUCAUUUAGUAUGGUUCUACCUAUAGCAGGGACUUUAACUGUCUUAUUUAGUAUGUCAAUAUUAGUGGCUAUAUUCCAAUGUUGUUGUCGGAAAAAACGACAGACUUCACAAUCUGAAGAAGUGAAGACACGAAAUGAUAAACAAGUGGAUUCUGGAAAAGAUUCUGGAGAUGAACUUCUAAAAGAUGAAGAGAAAAUUCAUACUGAAAAUAAGGGAUCAGAAAAAGAAGAAAAGGAAAUAACAUCUAUAAAAUCAAAGAUCAAAGCCUUCGAAGGAGUGAUACCAACCCAACCAUCUCCAGGGCCAAUUAGACAUGUAAGGAAAAGGCCAGAAAGUAAUGCUUUUAAAGCUUUGGAGAACCAGGGAAUUGUAUAUGGCAUGGGUAAAAGUCCUUCUAGGCUUUCAAAGACACCUGAGGAUGAGAACCAGAAUGCAACUGUCUCAGAGGAAGUUACCAGAACAGAAAGGGAGACAACUCCUGAUGAUGAUUUAGGAGGAUACAAACAGGCAGAGAACCCAGAUGUAGUUAUAGCUGAUGUAGACGAGAACGAUGAAUUUGGUGUUAUAGUCAGAGACACUUCAGUAUUGAGAUCUCACAAAAGAGCGCCACCUCCAAAGAACAGAAACAGAUCAUCAGCUGCUGUCAGAAGAAAACGAGCAAGGGAGACAAAUCCAGAUGUUCUUUUUAAUGACAGUUCAAACAACUCAUCUUUAGCUUUGCCAGAUGACCUUGAACUUGUGUACUCAGACAAAGUUAGUGUUAAAAGUGAUACAAGUGAUUCAAAAGACAGGAAAAAAGACAAAACAGAUUCGUCUGAAAGGAAUAAAAAUAAAACUGAUUCUGCUGAAAAAAGUAAACAAAAGAAAGACAAAAUUAAAAUUCUGAACGACAAGGAUUUAAUUGAGAAAAAAAGGGAAGAAACUCCGACUAUAGUGACUUCUGAUCAUAGUGAUGACAAUAUAAUAGAUAUAUCUAAACAAGAAGUGCCACCAGAAGUGUUCUCAGGAGGAAAUAUAUUUAUGCACAUUGAUCCUACUGUGAAGAAAAAUGCUGUUAAAGUAGAAAAGAAACCAGCUACACCUCCUCCUACCCCACGAGUACGGACCAGUCAACUUAGUGUAGAGGAAAGAAAAGAAAAAGCCAAAUCUACGCCAUUAUUAACUAGUCAUGAAGAUCUUGCAAAAGCUCUUGGUAAACUCAAGUCUCCAAGCAAAGAGAAUAACAGUGCUAAGACUGCUGGAAAGAAUCGUUCAUCCACCGAUCUCUCAUCUAACACAAAAAUGUGAUAAUUGUUAUUGUAAACAUUGUGUGAUUUACUAUGGAACUCUUUAUUUAUAGUGGUGGUAAUCCACUUUAAUAUACUUGAUUAAUCAUUUAAAACUUGCUAAAACUUUUUAUAAUUGUAUGUUAUAUGAUAGUAUUACCAUUAAUAAUUUGAACUUCAGCUUAUUUUCUAAUCAAACCAUUAGUUUUAAUUCCAUACUUAUUUUUGAAACUUAUAGCAAUAAUGUGGUGCUUAUAUUGUGAAUCUAAGUAUUUCUACACUCCUGUGUAGAAAUUCAGAAAGGGAAAGACUUUUAUGUAAUUUACUUAUUGGCUGUCAAAGUUUUUUUCAUGACAGUCAAAAUAUAUUUAAACACAUGUAUUAUUAUUAUUCCAAAUGACAUAUGGCAAUGAACUGAUCUUGUAAUUAAAUAGGAUAUUUGUAGUACAAAAAAAAUGGUUAAAAUGGAAAUCAGCCAUAUAAAAUUUAUACCUUGUAUUGUAAUACAACAUGAGAUGUUUUUUCCUAUAACUGAUCAAAUCAGUCUGGAUAGAUUUAAGAUUUUUUAACACAGUUCUUUGAAUAACCUAUACCAAAUAUUCUGCUGGAGAAAUUUAUAUAUGCUAAGCGUCAAAAAUCUAUUUCUUCAAAGUUCUUAUAAGUUUAAAUCACUAUUCCUGAUACAGACAGUAACUCUAGGAUAUAUCGCUUUAUGCAAGUGUUGCAAAAGCAGGAAACCCAAACAUUAAUCUGAUUAAAACUUAUAAAAAAGGUUCAAAGCUACAUCAGGUAUAAAUAUAUAGUAAUACUGAUUUGGGAGACCCGAACCAUCUUUAUGCUGCUUUAUGUAUGAAUUAUGCAUCAACAAACUCAGUUACAUGCAAGGUAUAU